AGUUACUACUAAUGUCACAUAAAGAGGUUGAAAACUAACCAAUGCAUGGAAGUCCUCCAGAUUAGUAAUUGGCUGAAGGACCCAUAGAAAACCGUUAAUGUCGUGAUUUCAUUUGCUUAAUUUUAUUUGUUGGAGCAACUGUCGCAUUUGUUGUAAUUAUAUCAAUGGGAUUCAAUCAAGGGAAACCAGAAAGAUUAAGUUAUGCGUAAUUUGAAUAUUCUAAUGAUAGUUAUGACCCUAAUGGCAGAGCAUGUGGACAUGAUGAUGGAGUUUUUAAUGCUCCUUACAUCUAUUUAGUAGCACCUUUAGUAGGUUAUCUAAACAGAUCAGUUUGUGUUACUAAAUGUCCGAAUUGGCAAGAGGGAGGAAAAUAACCAACACGGUAAAACAAAAAUUUGAAUUUUAGUUUAGAAUGUGUUGUAAAUAAAGUUAUAACAAACUGUUCUGAAAGAUAUUCAUAUGAUGGAGUGACUGAUAUAAGAGAUUUUGAUACAAAUUAUUUGAUUAAUUCAGAUAAUUAUGCCAAUACACCAUCAGUUGAAAAAUUAUUUAACUAUUCAACAUUUAUUUAUAAUUCAACUAGUGUUUUAGAUAGAUUGUGUAUACCAGCAGGUGAUAAAUAUGUUGAAAAGAUAUAUGGAAAUAUGGAUGAUAUAGCAUCUGUUUAAAUGUAAUCUUAAUAUAUAUUUAAAGAUUUUAAUAAUGGGUGGCUGAUAUAAGAUUGACAUAUAAAAUUAUCUUUGCAUCAGUUGGAAUAGCAUUUGCAAUUGGAUUAUUUUAUAUGUUAGUUAUGAGAUAUUGUGCAGGUACAUUAACAUGGACAGCCAUUUUUUUAUAUUUUGUUUGUAUUGUACUUUUUAUUAUUUAUCUAAACGAUAAAGCUAAUGCUUAGUAAAAUAAUUUUUAUUUAUGAUUUUAAUAGCAAGACUAGAGCAGCACUUAAUACAGCUUAAGGUAUAGCUGAUUCAGAUAACUAAGACUUGUAGACUUAUUAUGGUUUGAAAGGUUCUAUGAUUGGAAUGUGUAUAAUAGGGGGAUUAUCUUUGUUAGGAUUGUUAUGUUACUUUAAUAGGAUUAGAAUGGCAAUUGCUGUUAUAAAGACAGCUGCAUUAUUUGUAAUGGAAGUACCCUCAGUUAUGUUAGUUCCUCCAGUUUUCUCUCUUUUGGUUAUGGGAUAUUGGGGAUUAUGGAUCAUAUCAUUUUUUUAUAUCUAUUCAAUGGGAGAUGUGAAAGGAAGUAGUGAUACACCUUUAGCUACAGUUGAAUGGAAUGAUAACAUACGUUAUUAUUUGAUUUAUCAUUUAUUUUAUGGACUAUGGUCUAAUGCUCUUCUUUAGGCAUUCUCCUAAUUUAUUUUGGCAUCCUCUGCUUGUCUAUGGUAUAAUAUAAUAUUAAAUAUUUAGGUUUUAUUAACGUAGUGAUGGAUAAUUAAUUCAUUUUUAUGUUUUGGAAUCUGUGAAAAGAUCUAUUAUUUAUCAUUUUGGUUCAUUAAUUUUUGGUGCAUUAUUAUUGGCCAUAGUUCAAUUUAUUAGAUUUUGGUUAGAAUAUAUCAAUUAUUAAAUGAAAUAAUUUUAAGGAGAUCCAAAAUAACCAAUGAAAUGUUUUAUAGAUUGUUUAAGAUGUUAUGCAUCUUGUUUUGAAAGAUUUGUGUCCUUUAUAAAUAAAAAUGCAUUUAUUUAGAUUGCUUUAACAGGAGAUAACUUUCUAACUGCAGCAAAGAAUGGAUUUUAUUUAGCUUGGAAUAAUGCAGGAUAGUUUGCUGUAACAUCUGGUAUAGGAAGUGUAUUUUGCACUCUAUGCAAAUUAUUUAUUGCAUUUUCUACAACUUUUCUAUGUUAUAUGAUUAUAACAACAUCCGAUGCUUAUAAAGAUUAAUUGAAUUCUCCAAUCGUACCUACAAUAUUAUUCUUUAUCAUUUCAUAUGUGAUUGGAGAUCUUUUCAUGUCAGUUUAUGGAAUGUCUAUUGAUGCUAUUUUAUAAUGUUCAAUUACAGAAUUGGAAUUAAUUAAGGCAAAUCCUGGUUUAUUGAAGAAAAAUAGAGCCCCUUAACCUAUAUAAGACUUUUUGGAAGAACAUAAAAAAUAAUGA